AUGCCGUCAUCUAAUCCAAACUAUCGUCCAUAUUAUGGAUCUAUGAUGUCAUAUUCAUCCCAAGCACCACCUUAUUAUUCUUCUACUCCAAUGGGAAAUGAAAAUGUUCCUAAUAUUGGACUUGAUGAAUUUCCUGAUUUUUCUACACAAACGACUCUUGGUGGCAUGAGCGGUGGUUAUGGAGCCACUCCAAAUGCAAAGGAUUCAACUUAUGUUCGUCGGAAAAGCCCCAAAUGGACCACUGAUCAAAAUUUGGUUCUAAUUAGUGGGUGGAUUAAAUAUGGAACAGACAGUGUUGUUGGGAAUAACCAAAAAAGUGAUUCAUAUUGGGGUAAAAUUGCUUAUUACUGUAAUAAUGAGCAUUGCUCAUUUGAUCCUCCCCGUGAUGGAGCUGCAUGUAGAAAUCAUUACAACUACAUGAACAAAAUACUUAAUAAAUGGACAGACGCUUAUGAUAACGCUAAGUGUAUGCAAAAAAGAGAGUGGUCGGAGAAUGAUGUAUUGGCAAAAGCGCAUGAAUUAUAUUCAAGUGGUAAGAGUGGACAUUUUAUUUUAAUAUCAGAAUGGCUCGCUCUUCGUGAUCAACCACGUUAUGGUAGUCAGGUAGGAGGAAAUAGUGGAUCUGUAGGUAGAGGAUCUAAGAGAGCUCGCGAGAGUGAUGCAAGUGAUUCCAACUCUGUAGAAUCUAGUGUUCGCCCAAUGGGGAGGGAUACAACAAAAAAAAGGGUAAAAAAAAGCAAUGGCGCAGCCUUGGAAUCGAUCAAUAAAGAGUGGAAUAAAUUCAAACAAUUUAAGGAGAAAGAGUUGGAACGAUUGGACAAAAUAGCCAUGAGGCAAGAGGAAGCUAAUCAAUUGUUGAAAGAAAGUACUGAGGCUAAGAAGAUGAAGAUGUUUAUGAAGCUAAGUUCAAAGGAGCAUCUUGAUGACCGGAGCAAAGAGUUGUUGGAAAAGUUGAGUCGCGAUCUGUUUGGAAAUUAA